AUGAGUUGCUUAAGUAGAAUACCACAAGCGGUACUUCCUAUAACAAAUAGAAUAGAACAAGUUUUCAAGCCAACAAUUUCUCAAGCAUUAAGAGAAACCUUAUUUACACAAGGUCAAACAAGAUCUUUGUCAGAAUCAGACUUUGAAUUUUAUAAGAAGAAAUUAUCUUACCAUUAUAAGAGGGAUGAAACU